GCGGGCCGGGCUGGGAGUGGGAACGGCGUGCUACUCCGGCGGACACAAGUCGUCCCCCUCACCAGGAGCCUCCUGGGAGCCUGUGGCUCUGAUCAAGAGGGGCGGGAGCCCAGCUGGUGCCCGCCUGCCCCGAGAGCGGCAGGAAUGUGACCCACGAGUGCCGUGCCGGCGACGGAGCACCCCUCGCGUGGCUCCCAGGGCUCCAGUUGCUCCCGGUCUCGGAGCAACUGCUAGAUUCCUGCGCACCCCACUGGGGCACCCGGGCAAGCCCAGGUAGACACGCCCCUUUAAGAUGAUCCCUCCUUCCUGAGAAGCAGGACCACUCAUAAAGGAAGCAGCCUUCCUCAAGGAGAAUAUGAAAGUGCUACUUGGGCUCCUUUGUUUCAUCACCCCUCUGCUUUCACUGGAGACCGAUGAAUGUAAAGAAUAUCCAAAUGAUAUGAUUUUAUUUUCAUCUGUAAAUGAAAUUGAUAUUCGUGAUUGUCCUCUUACUCUGAAUGAAAAGCACAGCACCAUAAUCUGGUAUAAAAAUGACAGCAAGACACCCAUAUCAGUGGAACAGGGCUCCAGGAUUCAUCAGCAAAAAGAACGGCUUUGGUUUGUUCCUGCAAAGAUGGAGGACUCUGGACUUUACUAUUGUAUAGUAAGAAACUCAACUCACUGUCAAAAAACUAAAAUAACUGUGAAGGUUUUAGAAAACGACCCUGGCCUGUGUUACAACACACAAGCUACCUUCAGACAGCGUCUCCACAUAGCAGUGGAUGGAAGUCUUGUGUGCCCUUAUUUGGAUUUUUUUAAAGAUGAAAAGAACCAGUUACCCAAAGUUCAGUGGUAUAAGGAUUGUAAACCAUUGCCUCUUGACAACGGAAACUUCUAUGGAGCGAAAAAUAAGCUGAUGGUGAGAAAUGUGGCUGAAGAGCAUGGAGGGAACUAUACUUGCCACAUGUUCUACACAUACCUGGGGAAGCAAUAUCCAGUCACCCGAGUAAUAGAAUUUGUCACAAUAGGUGAAAUCAAGAUGGAUAGGCCUGUGAUCGUGAGCCCACGAAAUGAGACCCUGGAGGCAGAACCAGGAUCCAGGAUACAACUGAUCUGCAACGUCACCGGCCAGUAUACCGAUCUUGUUUACUGGAAGUGGAAUGGAUCAGAAAUUGAAGAGGAUGAUCCAUUCCUACUUGAAGACUACCAACAUGUGGAAUAUCUUUCAGCCAAAAGAAAGUAUACACUCAUUACAAUACUUAAUAUUUCAGUAGUCCAAAGUCAUUUCUAUCAGCAUCCAUUUAUCUGUUUCGUCAAGAACUCAAAUAUUAUAGAAUCAGCACAUGUCAAAUUAAUAUAUCCAGUACCUGAUUUCAAGAAUUACAUCAUUGGGACCUUUGUCAUCUUGACAGCUACAAUUGUAUGCUGCGUUUUCAUCUAUAAAAUCUUCAAAGUUGACAUUGUGCUUUGGUACAGGGAUGCUUGCUCUGAUUUUCUUCCCCCAAAAGUUUCAGAUGGAAAGGCCUAUGAUGCCUAUAUUCUUUAUCCCAAGACCUUCGGAGAGGGACCAUCCUCAAACUUAGAUACUUUUGUGUUUAAACUGUUGCCUGAGGUCUUGGAGGGGCAGUUUGGAUACAAGCUGUUCAUUUGCGGAAGGGACGACUAUGCUGGGGAAGAUACUAUCGAGGUCACUAACGAAAACGUAAAGAAAAGCAGGAGGCUGAUUAUCAUUUUAAUGAGAGAUAUGGGCGGCUUCAGCUGGCUGAGUCACUCAUCUGAAGAGCAAAUAGCGAUAUAUAAUGCUCUCAUCCGGGAAGGAAUUAAAGUUGUCCUGCUCGAGUUGGAGAAAAUCCAAGACUAUGAGAAAAUGCCAGAAUCUAUUCAAUUCAUUAAGCGGAAACACGGAGCCAUUUGCUGGUCAGGGGACUUUGAAGAGAGACCACAGUGUGCAAAGACCAGGUUCUGGAAAACUGUGAGAUACCACAUGCCUGCCCCACGGCAAUCACUAUUGCCCAGACACCAUUUGCUAACCCAGGACCCUGUGCUAGACACUAAGGAGAAACUGCAGGCAGAGACUCACUUACCUCUUGGCUAGCAUGGCAGAAGUGGACCAAGAAUUUUGGGAUGCCUCCUGUCACACAAUGCUGAAACUAGACUGUGCCUCCCAGUAACAUGUACUGUCAUAAAACACCAGUGUAGUCCCUGAUUCCCAGGUCACCUGGAAUUAUAUUGUUCAGGGAAUAGGACUUGUUGACAGUAGUGGGCUAGGACAGAUCAGAGCGAGUGUUUGGGAAGCUCCAGGGCAAUGGCUGCUCAGGGAAGCUGCUCUGGAUGCUUGCUGACUGUUGAGGCAGUGAACUGGGAGCAUUAAGCUUCAGGAGAGGCCCACAUCUGUGGGUGGUUUAAUUGAAGUCUGCACAGCCUUACAGUGGGACUGUUCCCCUAAGCCUCAAUGCAGGUGAGGUUUACUGACACCCCACUCUGGAAGGCAUAACUUCCUUGCGUUUUCCAGACACCUUGACCACCAAACUUAGUUUUCAAAGACUAAACUUUAUUUUAUAGACCUUGGAAACUGUCAUUUCAACAAAGGAAUUCUCUGGGGUUUCCUCCACUGCUGUCAACUUGGCUUUCUGCAGAAGAGAGUGGAUUUUAAGUUAAGUGUAGAAGGAAGCCCCCCACAAGUUUCUUCUGUUCACUCGUCCACUCUGGAAUGACUGUUGCGUCAUCUGUACUCAUCUGCACUUUACUUACUGCAGCUUUGCAGUGCUCCUUCCCCUACCACUCUGCCCCAAGCACAGCCCCAGCCUCAUGCACUCUGCUUACCUCACCCCCUGAUGCCACAGCACGACUAUAGGCUCUUCAUGUGCAGAAGCUGAAGUCUGCACAGCCUUCCUCCCCAUCGGGUCCCAGUCUUCUCCUGUCAGCCUGCUUGGCACCAUCCUGCCUUGUGACUGCAGCACAGCCUCAGGAGCCUGUGCAUCUGCUCGGCACACCUCCAUCUUUGCUCUGCUUCCCACUUCCUGUGACUAGAAUUCGCUCUUUCGUUCUCUUCACCUGACAAGGAAUUUGCUAAAGUUCAAAGUUUAUUUCAAAGCUAAAAUCCUCAAGCGCCCAAUCUUUCCUUCCUCUUUAAGUCUUGGCCAUUCAAGCUGCCAGUCCUCUGUCAUGCCAACCGUGCUGCUUGCUGGUGGUCACUUUAGAAGGUGGUUUCAUUGCUAGCAGGAAUCAGUCCACCCUGAGGGAGAGGUAGUGGGUGUGUCUCUGUCCCUCACUGCUUUCUGCAAGGUGAACGCAUGGUAUAGAUUGGCCAAGACCUUUAUUUUAAAAUGUUCUUGGUUAAUCAUAUUUAAAAUUUGCAGUUAUCCUAAUUUUUAUAUAUAGGCCAGAGAAACUGACCUAUUUAACAAAAUUAUUCUUUUAACUGUACUGGACCUAGGCCUUGAACUUGAACUUUCUCGCUUCUAUCCUUGUGCUCCAACUUGUUGAUUUCAGGUCCAUCACUGUCUGCUAACCCUUACUCAGUCCUCAUGGGAGAAGGCGUGAGUGUUUUAUAGGAAGCAACUGAGUCCAGGGAUGUUUUUAUAGAAGGGACAAACACAGUCCUUUUCAGUGUAGGUAUUUCAAAAACUAACUUUAGAAUUUCAGCAUGAUGUUUUUAUUUUUCAAUUCCCUAAAGGUCAACAUUUCUUCUCUAAGUAAACCUGAAAGCAAAUUGGUUUCUGUAGUAUGGAGGUUUUCUGUUUAUUUGUUUUUAACUUGAUGACUGUCUUCAGAAUGAUCCCAAUAGUUCUAGAAGAUUGAAAAGCCAGGUUCAAGAAGAAACCCAGAGUUUUACUGGUUUUAUGAACAUGGGUAACCUUCUGUCUUUCACAUUUUGAACAUCUGCUCUGGGUGAGCACAAAUCUUAUUUAAAAGGCAUCUUUUCACCUAUAUAGAGGUAGACAAAUCCUAUAGUUUGGGAUUUUGACUCCACUUUCUAUCUCCUUUGUCCUGGAUCCAACCUGAGAGCACUAAGUGGAUGGAUCAUCAGAUUGCUGGGUCAGAGAAAGAAAGGCUGCCCCAGAUGGCUGCCAGAAGUCUGAUCCUUACCCAGGAUGCUUUAAAAGUUUAAUUUUGCUGAUAAUUUUUCUGUCUGUCAUUCAGAAAAUAUAUUAGCAUACAUAUAUAUUAUGAGUGAAUUAGAGCUAGUGGGAAACUUGGCCAGGAAGUAUAAGGAGAGAGCAAUAGCAGAGAACCACAAAUAGCGUGACACAGAGAACUGGGCUGGGAUUGGGAGCAGAGGCAAGGGACCAGCCUGUGCCAAGAAAGACCCUGAACGGAAAGGUAGUGCCAUUCCUGGUUCCCAGGGGAGAAUGAAGAGCAUGAAAUUUCAUAUCUAGGCAGUGGGGGCUCCCUUUGCCUUACCCCUUCCACCCCAGAAGUAUCUGGCUUAAGCUAUAUUUCAUGAUUUUCCCAUUACUCUGUGCUUUCUGAUAGUGUUGUUAAAAGGCCAACCUAGUGUUGCAGAAGUUUGCACAUGCAACGAUAUAUUAAUUACCAGUGUUUAAAACUGGUUUAGCAGAAUGUAUAUUUUUCUCUCUCUGCCUUUUGAAUUUUACUUAUAAUGACAGAAAAAGUAUUGAGCCAUUUUAAUGACUUUUUUAUAAAUUAUAUUUAUACUAAUCUAUAAUGAAGGGUGUUUUUAUUAAAAAAGUCGAUUUUAUAAUUCUCCAGCUGAUGCCAAAUGUUAGUAUCACAAACCACCAAAUGUAUGUGCAGUGUGUAUUAUGGAUCAAUAGACUCAACUUGCUUUCCAAUAAAUUGUCAAACCCUCCAUUGAAUAUCA